AUGGAGCUCUCUCGUGGUCUUGUCUUUCUAAUUGUAUGUCUUUUAGGACUUGCUAGCUCAACCCAAGCUCACCUCCACCUCGGUUACUAUGCAAAGACCUGCCCUCGUGCCGAGAAAAUUAUCUCCGAGUUCGUCUACAAGAGCGUUCCCAAGGUUCCCACCUUGGCUGCUGCCUUCAUUCGGAUGCAUUUUCACGAUUGCUUCGUUCGGGGUUGUGAUGCAUCUGUACUUUUGAACUCGACCGCUGGUAACCCGAGUGAGAAGGAAUCUCCGCCGAAUCUAACAUUGAGAGGCUUCGAUUUCCUUGAUAAAAUCAAGAAGCUUUUGGAAGAUGAGUGCCCUGGAAUCGUCUCAUGCUCCGACAUUCUUUCUCUGGUUACGAGAGACUCGAUCGUUUCCAUUGGCGGUCCGUUUUGGAGGGUUCCAACAGGGAGAAGAGAUGGAGUGAUCUCGAGAUCAUCAGAAGCUUUAGCGAACAUUCCACCACCGUUUGCUAACUUGUCGACUCUCGAACGACAAUUCGCCAAUCAGGGUCUCGAUUUAAAAGACUUGGUUUUGUUAUCGGGAGCUCACACCAUUGGGAUAUCCCAUUGCUCAUCAUUCACAAGGCGGCUAUACAACUUCACAGGAGUGGGAGACCAAGACCCAUCAUUGGACUCCGAGUACGCCGCCAAUCUAAAGGCAAAGAAAUGCAAAAGCAUACGCGCCAACGGCAUCGUCGAAAUGGACCCUGGCAGCUUCCGGACCUUCGACCUCAGCUACUACUCUCUGCUCCUCAAGCGCCGUGGGCUGUUCCAGUCCGACGCCGCGCUGACCACCAGCCCGGUCACCAAGGCCUUCGUCACGGACCUUCUCAAUGGCUCGGUUAAGAAUUUCUUCGCCGAGUUCGGGUUAGCCAUGGAGAAGAUGGGUCGGAUCGGGGUCAAGACUGGCUCCGAGGGGGAGAUUCGCAAGCAUUGUGCUCUUGUUAAUGCUUGA